AUGCUAUACUCUUCGUUAAUUUCCGUUUUCUUGGCUGUCGCAUCCUUCAGUGAUGCAGCUGCCCUAAACUUCAGGAAGAGAGAUAUUCUCUACAGACGUCAAGGCAACGAGACUGCUGGCGGUGCCGGCGGUGCCUCCAACAUGACUGGUGGCGGCGGUGCUUCUAACAUGACUGGUGGCGGUGCUUCCAACAUGACCGGCGGCGGCAGUCAAGUGCCUGUCGUGACCAUUGGCGGCUCUGGUUUGAGUUCCAACGCUUCUGCCCAGGGCCAAGUUAACGCUACCGGUGUUUUGAGCGUCACCCAAUUGUACCAGGUCUCUGAACAAAUUGAGAGUUCUUUGAAGGCCAACCACGGUUGUGUCAUUGUCGGUAAGAAGAAAUCGUUCGAGUCGAUGGCCUUUUUCAGCGCCAUCGUUUUCAACAGCACUGCUCCAAUUGUUCUAUGCGAAGAUGCUGCUAUUGGUACCGUCGUUGCCAGCGACCCUGGCGCUGCUGGGCGUGGUCCAUUGAUCAUCUUCAAGAACACAAUCUACUCCGGUACCCUUCCAGCCUACAACGUCCCAGUCGGUGUGGUCAACGACGACCACUCGUGCUUCUGGUUCUACGAUGCCGCGAUGCCACAGUUGACCCAAUGGAACUCGACUUUGAGAACGAACUUCACGAACUUCACCAGCACGAGCUCCCAGGCACAAGUCAACGUUCCAAUCGUCUUUGAGGAAGGCAUCUCUCCAACUUUGCUACAGUCUGUCGGUUCCUUCAUUCAAGGGUUGGUCGUCAUCGGUUCCGGCCAGAACUCCACCGAUAUGAGUUCCAGCGGUGCCCCAAGCAUCCCAGUCGUGUACGCACAAGAAUCAAGAUUGGUGAACGCUGUCAACAACUCCACCAUGCCAUCCAACGCGAUCUCCGCCGGUUACUUGACCCCAAUCCAGGCCCAGAUCAUGUUGUCUGUCGCCGUUGUCAACGGUGUCAACUCUACGGAAAGUUUGAAGUCGCUAUUCCCUUCGCCAGCUUGA